AUGGGCGCGACUGCAUUCGAUAGGUGGCUAGGGACUCCAUCCACUCUCUGCUUCCUUCGACGACUUCUUGCAGCUACUGGAAAUGCCAAUCACUAUAGCCUGAUACCCAAGAGAUCUGGCCCGAUAUGGCACAUCCGGCCAUACAGCGAUGUGGCUUCCCUGGAGUCCAGCCGAUACGAAGCGCCGUCUGCGACGAAAGCACGAUCUAGACACAGUACAGCGAAUGUGCCUGGCAAUGUUGCAUUCGAGGCAGAGCAGAGCACAGUCUCCCACGCCGAUAUUGCUGAAAGAGCUUCGCGCGCUCUAUGGGAGCAUGCAGAAGUUGCAGCCAGACGAAAGCAGGCUCAGCCGGGAUUGGAUCAUCACGAGAGCCGGCAGAACAUAAGGACUUGGAUCGACACGAUCGAGCGCAGGCAGCGUCUCGAUGGUUUCGCCGGCAUACAUGAUGUUUGGAAGGGUAUGCGGUACCGUGGUAUCGAUCUCCCGGUGAUUGGACCUGAGGCAGAUAUUCUCUGGCCGAUGCUGCUAGGCGCGUGCAUCACAGCCAAGUUCGAAAAGGAGCAAGAUAAUAUACGGGAAAGCAUCUUGCAACAUGCCAAGGAUCUAUACACGCGCUCAGGUGCUCUCUAUCCUGGUCUGCACAGGCUGGUCGUUGGACGAGCCAUUCAAUUCAAGAACAAAAAGCUUACACUUAGGUGGCAUGAAGACUUCAUCAAGGACUUUGGCGCCUCCAACAUUGAUCUGCGACUGCUGGCAAUAGACUUUGCUAGGACUCUGCAUAGCCCGGAUGGCAAGAGGAACUUCAGCGCCAUCUAUAAAUCCAGCAACCAGAGGAACCUGUAUGAUCCCUUCAUGACCGCAUUGCUAUUGACUGGCGAUGAUCGUUUUGCUCUGCGCUGGCAUCGCAUCUUCAUGAAGCAUGGUGAUGGACCAAGUGCUGAGAUGCUCGCGACCGAGGCGGUCCAACGCAUGUUUCGACUUGACGAGGAUAAAUCGUUACCAAUGUUACACAGGAGACCAGCAGACCUGGCGAGCCCAUCAAUCCAGGGUUUGCAGUUUCCAACAUUGACUCGGGCUUCAAUGUCGACAAUGGUUGGCGAAGCACAUGGCAUCAAACCCAAGGAGGUGAGCGACACGUUUGUGGCCAAGCUCUUCGCAACCAGCGCGUUUCCACUGGACAUGGUGCUGAAAGGGUUGGGAUUCUUCAGCAUCGAAGAGCUUGGUCCACUAGCUCUACACGAACUCGCGAUAAGAUCUGGAUCGAGAGAUGAACUAGUGCAGAGGCUACACGACCUAAAGCUCGCCGGGAUUGAGGUAGGCCCAUCAGUAUACGGGCAAGUGCUGCAAAAGAUAGCGCACGAUGGCCCUGACGAGCUCUUCGACUCAUUUCUGGCAAGUGACCAGCAUCCGGAAGCGUAUGAUGAUCUCAAGCUGCAAGGGCGUCUGCUCGCUGCGUUCCUUGCGGAAGGGGACUUGCCCAGGGCUCAUCUCGCUCUCACUGCUCUAGCAAGUGGCGGAGAGUCCUCGAAUGCGGCGGCCUGGAACGUUAUGCUUCAGCACCACGUCAAAGCUGGGCAGUAUAGAUCGAUCGUGUUAACUUUGCAGCAAAUGCAGCUCGCUGGUGUGACCGUGAACAACCACACCUUGGUCUUGAUGAGGGAACAUCUUCUCCCGCCGCGUGCCCUUGGCAGAGCCCCCGUGCAUGUGGAGCCAUCAGAGACGGAGAACAUACGUCCCUUACAGGUCAUGACUAAUGUUUGCAUGUAUGCAGCACAGCAUGAAACUUCUGUGCAUCACAGCAUAUGGGUCGAGCUUCUGAAACGUUACGGGAUGAUGCAUAGGUGGGACGAGCUGGAGAAUCUUGUUCGAUGGCUGGUGUCUUGGUACAGCUCAAGACCAAACGCCACUCGCCGUGCACGGCGCCUAGCUGAGCCUUCGCAGCUACGACUCAUAUUCACAGGCCAAAUGUUGCAAGCCAUUGUAACAUGGGGCUUCAAUAACGCGGCUGAGCGCAGACUACUAGGCAACAAAGGCACUGGAGCGAGGCGGUUGACAGUGCACGGACACUGCGAGACUUGGGCGCAAGGGGUAAUGUUACUGAAGCAGCUGAGUUCUCAAGGAUUAUACAUUGCUCCCGGAACUGUCCGAAACGCUUUACUCAAUCGUCUUUGGAUUCUGUUUGGGCCUGCCUGGUCACUCAAAGCUUCCAAUGAGCAAUACAAAGAAGAGAACGAAUUGAGUCUGGCCCACUACGUACAGCAUGCGGAUGAGAUCUGGGAUCGAAAGCUUUUCGACAUCAGGCCUGAACUGCUACAGGAUACGCCUGGCAGUACCGCAAAACUCAUGCUCGCCAUCUUCGGUCCGACUAGACGAGAAGCGCAGGUACGAUCGUAA